AUGACAGAAAACCUCGGCAUCUUCGAGACCUUGGCAGUUCAAGUCACCCAAGAAGCACAGCGUCUAACAACAUUCUUCAACGAAAAUGGCUACUACCAACCAGAUUUCAAACAAGGAGGCUUCACCGAAUUCGACGAAUUACCCCCCGAGAUCGAAGCUAGUAGGAAGCGUCUCCAAGCUGCUGCCAAAGCUGUGCAGGAUUUGGCUGCUGGACCGGAACGAUAUGUGAGGAGCUUGGCGAGAAGCUAUCACGACUCCACAACCCUCCGCUGGCUCAUACAUUUCAAAAUCCCUGAAGCUAUACCUCUUGGCCGAGGAGAAUCAAUCACGUAUUCCGAGCUUGCGAAGAAACGUGAGGUUGAUGAGAAUAUCCUGAGGAGGAUUGUCAAGUAUGCAAUUACGAAUCACAUUUUCCAUGAGCCUUCGGGUGAUGUGGUAGCUCACACUGCUUACUCGGCUAUUCUGGUUACGGAUGCUGAGUUGAGAGCUGAGAUCGAUUUCGAGGUCGAAGAGGGUUUAUCCGUUGCUGUGAAUCUUGUUGAAGCGCAUGAGAAGUGGUCGAUGAGUGAUGGGAGGAGGAAUCGGGCUGCUUUUCAGGUUGCGAACGAGACAGAUUUGGAGGUUGGGGAGUUUUAUGAGCAGGAUGUGAUGGAAGAGAGAAGGGCGGUGUUCUCGGCUGCGAGACCUGAUGAGGGGGUCGAGGAGGAAUGUUUGAUGAAAGCGUUUUCUUGGGAGAAGGUUAAGAGGGUUGUGGAUGUUGGUGGUUCGAAGGGCGAGACUGCUAUUGCGCUUGCGAAUACAUUUCCGGGACUGCGCAUCAUGGUUGUUGAUUCGGAAGCGAGGAUUGAUGAUGGAAGGGAGAGUUUGCCGGAGGAUUUGGAGAGAAAGGUGUACUUUGUUGGAAGCGAUAUCUUUGGUGAGGAUGGGUCGAUGCUGGAUGAGGUGCAUCAAUUUGGUGCGCAGCUGUAUCUGUUGCGGAAUGUCUUGGGGAAGUGCUCAGAAGAGGAGGCGAAGAUCGUUUUGAGCAAUGUCGCAGAAGUCUUGCACGGUGCCGGCCAGGGAGCGAAGUGCUUGAUCGUGGAUCGAGUCCUGCCUUCGUGUUCUUUUGGUUUAGAACCCUGGGAUGCAGAGGAUGCGAAGGCUGCUCGACAUAGAGAUCUUCAUGCUUUGGAGAUGGGUAAUGGUGCAGAGAGAAAUAGGGAAGAGUGGGAGGCACUGAUGAGCGCCGCAGACGAAGGGUUGAAAAUUGCUGAUAUUAGAGAGAUUGACGAGAGUGCUUACAGCAUACUAGAAGUUGUGUAUGCUGACAGUGAUGAUUGA